AUGAUGAUGAUGAUGAUGAUGAUCGAUGAUGAUGAUGAUGAUGAUGAUGAUGAUGAUGAUGAUGAUGAUGAUGAUGCUGAGGAUGAUGAUGGUGAGGAUGAUGAUGAUGAUGGUGGUGUUGAUUAUAUUUAUGAUCAGCAGGAGAAGGAGGACUCACGAAACGCAACAGAUGGGAGGCGUUUUCUCCACUGCUGUGAAAGAUGA